AUGAGGCGUGCUCAAGCACAGAAAGCUUGGGAUUGGGAGAUAGGGAGCGUGGAGGAGGCCAUACUUAUGCUUCUGCCGCUACUCUUCCUCCUCCUGUCCCAGGCUGCUGUUACAGCUACGGCGCAGCAGCAGCAGCAGUGGAGCCAAGAAGCUUGUGCUCCCUUCUCUUGCGGUCUGUUCCACGACAUCAGCCACCCAUUUCGUCGAACAACUGAUCUGCCUCAGUGCGGGGAUCGGAUGUACGAGCUCACCUGCGACGGCGACAAAGCCACCAUCUCCAUCGGCUCCACACACUACUUGAUCACUCAGCUAUCUUACAAAAGCGGCACGAUCCGCUUGGUGGAUCCGAAGUUUGCGAGCGGAAGCUGUGGCCUCCCUUCCCAAUCUUUGUCACCCUCCGAUCUUUCAAGCUCUGGCUUCGACCAUUACCAAAAUAGUUGGUGGGCAAGUUUCAUGAGUUGUAGGAGAAGAAUCGAGGCCCAGAGUUUGUAUCAGCUUGUUCCUUGCUUGAGCAACAAAAACAACACUUUUGUCUAUGUCGUUGUUGCAGAUAAAGGAAAUAGUUUGUCGUACCUUUAUCCAUCAUGUCAUUUUGUGUCGAUGAUUCCAGCAGCAGAAGUGAGGAGGCACUAG